AGGUUGCUCACCUGUGUGCGCUGCUGGAGAGCGCUCACUCGCUGUGCGCGCGAGCUCCGUGCAGCAGACAGAGCGUCGGGGGCGCGCUGCCAUUCCAGCACUCAUCCCCGGUGCGACGGAAAGAAGCAUGCGGCGACAAUCUCCGUAUAUUAACCGUUAAUAGACUACUCCUCCCACAUCUGGAAAAAACUUGUUUCUUUCGGGUCGGGGCUCCAAACGCUCAACGACCGCAGCAGGGAAGGACCGUGGGUUGGCAAAGUGCAGCCGUUAACGCCACGUCGACUAAAACAAACAAACUAAAAAAAGCUCACAACAGUUGUUUAUCUCUUUUCUUUUGAAUCUUUCCUGUCUGAACCGGAGUUCUUUUUAACGCCGUGAUACCAUGCUGGACCCGUCCUCCAGCGAAGACACCGGCGGGGAGUCCGACCCAGAAGUUGUCCAGGAGGCUCCCAGGAAAGCGGCUGCUACCUCGGCGGGGAAACGUGGGAACAACAGCCGGGCGGGCGGCCAGCGGCGACAGUCCCCUGCACCUGGAGGUGCACCCGGCAAAGGUGCUAAAGACAGCGACGCUACAGUCGAGGAGGAAGAGGAGAGGAAAGAGCGAGAGCGGAUCCAGAGGGAGGAACAGGAGAGGAAAAUUAAACUGCAAAUUUAUGUGUUCGUCCUGCGGUGCAUAGCCUACCCGUUCAACGCCAAGCAGCCCACCGACAUGGCCCGGCGGCAGCAGAAGGUGAACAAGCAGCAGCUGCAGGCGGUGAAGGAGCGUUUCCUGGCCUUCCUCAACGGGGAAACUCAGAUUGUGGCGGAUGAAGCUUUCUGCAACGCCGUGAGGAGCUUCUACGAGGGCUUCCUGAAGAGCGAGCGUGUUUCCCGGAUGGUUCAGAGCGGCGGCUGCUCGGCCAACGAUUUUCGCGAGGUCUUCAAGAAGAACAUUGAGCGGCGCGUCCGCAGCCUCCCGGAGAUCGACGGCCUGAGCAAAGAGACUGUGCUGAGCUCCUGGAUCGCCAAGUACGACGCCAUCUACCGGGGGGACGAGGACAUGCGGCGCCAGCCGCAGCGGGCGCACCUGAGCGCCGUGUCGGAGCUCAUCCUCAGUAAGGAGCAGCUGUACGAGAUGUUCCAGCAGAUCCUCGGCGUCCGCAAGUUCGAGCACCAGCUUCUGUACAACGCCUGCCAGCUGGACAACGUGGACGAGCAGGCGGCUCAGAUCCGCAGAGAGCUGGACGGAAGGUUACAGCUGGCCGAAAAGAUUGCCAAGGAGAGGAGAUACCCAAAGUUCGUCUCUGCUGACAUGGAGCCUCUCUAUGUGGAGGAGCUGCGUUCGUCGGUCAACCUGCUCAUGGCCAACCUGGAGAGUCUGCCGGUGUCCAAAGGAGGUCCGGACUUCAAACAGAAGCUCAAACGAUCCACCAUGAACAAUUCCUUCCUGGACAUGGGAGACGAGGGAGACAUCCUGUCCAAGUCUGACGUCGUGCUGUCCUUUACCCUGGAGAUUGUGAUCGUGGAGGUCCAGGGUCUGAAGUCUGUGGCUCCAAACCGGAUCGUUUACUGCACCAUGGAGGUGGAGGGAGGAGAAAAGCUGCAGACAGACCAAGCUGAAGCCUCCAGACCGCAGUGGGGGACUCAGGGGGACUUCACCACGACUCACCCUCUGCCCUCGGUCAAAGUGAAGCUGUUUACAGAGAGCACUGGGGUCCUGGCUCUGGAGGACAAGGAGCUGGGCCGGGUGGUCAUGAAUCCAACCACGAACGGGCCGAAGCAGGCCGAGUUCCACCGGAUGGUCGUCCCCAAGAACAGCCAGGACACAGAGCUGAAGAUCAAGCUGGCCGUGCGCAUGGACAAACCCCCCAACAUGAAGCACAGCGGGUACCUGUACGCUCUGGGACAGAGAGUCUGGAAACGCUGGAAAAAAAGAUAUUUUGUUCUUGUUCAGGUGAGUCAGUACACAUUUGCCAUGUGCAGCUACCGAGAGAAGAAGGCCGAGCCCCAGGAGCUGAUGCAGCUGGAGGGCUACACGGUGGACUACUGCGACCCUCAGCCAGGUCUGCAGGGCGGCCGGGUGUUCUUCAACGCGGUGAAGGAGGGCGACCUGGUGAUGUUUGCCUGUGACGACGAGCAGGACCGGAUGCUGUGGGUCCAGGCCAUGUACCGAGCCACCGGGCAGUCCUACAAGCCGGUCCCACCGCUGCAGAACAAAACCACAAACUGCAGAGGAGGACUCCAGAAACCGGCGUCCCCCAUCAGUCUGGAUCCGUCUCAGCGUCAGGGCGUGGAGGAGCUGAUCUCUGCGGCUCCGUGUCGCUUCGACCACGCCGGCCUCUUCACCAUUUUACAGAAACACACUCUGCAGCACCGCAUGAACGACUCCUUCUCCUGCCUGGGCUGGUUCAGUCCCGGUCAGGUGUUCGUCCUGGACGAGUACUGCGCUCGGUACGGCGUUCGAGGCUGCAGCCGUCACCUGAGCUACCUGAAGGACCUGAUGGAUUAUUCCGAGAGCAACGCGCUGGUCGACCCCACACUGCUGCACUACAGCUACGCCUUCUGCGCCUCUCACGUCCACGGAAACAGGCCUGAUGGGAUGGGGACGGUGGCUGUGGAGGAAAAAGAGCAAUUUGAGGCCAUCAGGAGUCGCCUCAUGGCUCUGCUGGAGAACCAGAUCACACAUUUUAGGUACUGCUUUCCCUUUGGACGGCCAGAUGGGGCCCUGAAGGCAACGCUCUCGCUGCAGGAACGGAUUUUGAUGAAGGACAUCACCACGCCUGUUCCUCCUGAGGAGAUGAAGAAACUGGUGCAGAAAUGUCUGGAGAACGCAGCUCAAAUCAACUACAGUCAGCUGAUCGACUACGCCCAGAUCAAGGUGGAUCCUCAGGCUGCUCCGGAGAAAAGACUAGAGGACAUGAUGCGACUGGGAGAGCUCUGCAUCGAAGUCCUGCAGCAGAACGAAGAACAUCACUCCGAGGGAAGAGAGGCUUUCUCGUGGUGGCCGGAGGUGAUGGCCGAACACGCCGAGACCUUCCUGUCGCUGUACAGAGCCAACAUGGACGCCGCUCUGCAGGUCCAGCCUGUGGACUCCUGGGACAGCUUCCCGCUGUUCCAGCUCCUCAACAACUUCCUGCGAACCGACGUUCACCUGUGCAAUGGGGCGUUCCACAAACACCUGCAGGACCUGUUCGUCCCCCUGGUGGUGCGCUACAUCGACCUGAUGGAGUCGUCCAUCGCCCAGUCCAUCCACCGCGGCUUCGAGCAGGAGACCUGGCAGUCCGUCAAGUCGUUGACUAACAAUCUAGCGAGCGUCCCUCUUCCCAAAGUCCCCAGCCUCCCUCUCACGCUGCCACAGAUGCCCAGCUUCUCAGCACCCGCCUGGAUGGGACCGCUGUGUGAGAACACCUUGCAAGGGAUAAAUCUACCCGACAUCUUCAACGGCUCGGCCACCUCGGAGGAUUUGUUCUGGAAGCUGGAUGCUCUGCAGAUGUUCGUGCUGGACCUCCAUUGGCCGGAGCCAGAGUUCGCCAAACAUCUGGAGCAGAGACUCAAACUGCUGGCGAGCGACAUGAUGGAGGCCUGUGUCAAGAGAACCAAAUCUGCAUUUGAUUCCAAAAUGCAGAAAGCGAGUAAGUCAACGGACUUCCGGGUGGCGCUGUCCGUCUGCACCAUGUUCAACUUGCUGAUGGACGCCAAGAAGCAGUGCUCCAAACUCUGCGUGCUUGACACCGGUCAGGAGAUUGACAAACAAUGGCAACAGUACCACUCCAAAAUCGAUGUUCUGAUUGACGAGGCGUUCAAAGACAUGAUUUCCUCCCUCGUCACAAAGUUUGCCGCAGUUUUAGACGGCGUCCUCUCCAAACUCUCGAGAUACGAUGAAGGGACAUUCUUCUCUUCAAUCCUCUCUUUCACAGUGAAAACUGCUGCCAAAUAUGUGGAAGUCCCUAAACCAGGGAUGGAUCUGGCCGACACCUACAUCACCUUCAUACGGCAGAACCAGGACAUCCUCCGAGACCGCGUCAACGACGAGCUGUACAUCGAGAAGGUGUUUGAACAAUGGUACACGGGCUCCAUGAAGGCGGUGUGUGUUUGGCUGACGGACCGACUGGACCUGCAGCUGCACAUGUACCAGCUGAAAACACUCAUCAAGAUUGUGAAGAAGACCUACCGUGACUUCCGGCUGCAGGGCGUCCUGGACGUCACGCUGAACAGCAAGAGCUACGAGACGGUGUACAACCGGCUGACGGUGGAGGAAGCCACGGCGGCCGUGAAGUCGGGCGACGGCCUGCAGGGCAUCAGCAUGAGAGACAGCGACGUGGAGGACGACUGAACGCGCGUCGAAAACCUCCGCGCCACAUCUCGCCUCUCGAUUAUCGUCUCUCUCUGACAGAUCAGGACCUUCCGUCACAGUGUGAGUCACGGUGUAGAUCGGGGGUUUUCAACGGGGCUUUUUUAAGCCAAGGACCCUUUAACUGAAAGAUAGACGGAGCAGGGACCCCCCUACUAUAUUUGUUGUAUAAAAUGAAAAUGCAUAUUAAACUGGGCCUACAAUAAGACGUAGGGCGGCCUAAAGCCUUUAUAGAUACCUUUUUAGUGCGUAGCAUACUAAGUUAUCAAAAUGAUAAUUGUCGGCAGGAUUUUAUAAAUCAUGUUCCAACGUUAAAACCGUGAAUCCUUAGGAUGAACUGGAUCUGUGGAUGGCUACCUUAGUGACUUCCUUACAUAUCGGCGCGUCAGCUUAAGUGUUUUUUUAUUUCACAUUCAUUUAUAUUUGCUCAUAAUAUUUUAGAUUCAUGUUAAGACAUUUUCUUUUCUGGAAAAAAACAAUUUGGUGUGAUGUGUCAUUCAUCGUGACUGAAGGUCCUGAUCAGUUAGAGACGAGCACUCAGGCAAUGACCCCCCCCCCCAGC